GCAAGGGAAGCCGUUUCGCAGUUGGCGUGGUAGUGGUUAAUUUUUGAGCUGCGCUGCUGGCGAAGCUGGAGCCAAAGAAGCUCAACACAAACCAGGGAGGCCCAAAGCGAGAGCUCCCAUGCCGCUAUCCCACUCCCCGGCCGCUACCUGUCAGCUCCUCGGUCCCUCCCGCCGCACGCGCCUUCCCACGCCAUGCCCGCGCGCCGGAGCAGCGCCGGCGGCCGAUGCCGCGCUCCUCCCGCCCCCCCUGCGCGCGGAGUCGCUGCCGCGGCACGUGGCGGUGGUCAUGGACGGGAACGCGCGGUGGGCGCGCGCGCGGGGGCUGCCGUCCGCGGCCGGGCACGAGGCCGGCAGGCGCGCGCUGGAGGAGACGGUGCGGCUCUCCCGCGCCUGGGGCGUCCGCGCACUCACCGCCUUCGCCUUCUCCCACGAGAACUGGAGCCGGCCCAAGGUGGAAGUGGAAUUCUUGAUGGGGCUGUUUGAGCGGGUGAUCCACGAGAGGGUCGCAGAGUUGUUGAGGGAAGGAAUUCGGCUACGUGUUAUCGGCGACUCCUCGAGACUGCCGGUCUCUCUACAGAAGACAGCAAGAGAAGCAGAGGAGGCCACAAGGAACAACUCCCAGCUGGACCUGACACUGGCGAUCAGCUACAGCGGGCGGAGGGACAUAGUGCAAGCAUGCCGGAGCCUCGCGCAGAAGGUGCACGACAAGGCGCUCAGGCCGGAGGACAUCGACGAGUCGCUGUUCGCCGACGAACUCGAGACGAGCCCUGCCGCCGAGCUCCCUUACCCGGACCUGCUCAUCCGGACCAGCGGCGAGCUGCGGCUGAGCAACUUCCUGCUGUGGCAGUCGGCGUACUCGGAGCUCUUCUUCACGGACACGCUGUGGCCCGACUUCGGGGAGGACGAUUACCUGGAGGCCCUGGUCUCCUUCCAGAGCAGGGCGAGGCGGUUCGGUGUCAGGAAAUUGUAGCGCAGGGCCAGGAAGGCAUGAGGAAGGCGUGCUUGAACGGUCAUUCAUUAGCAGGAUGUCGAUCAAGAUGCUUAUAGAAGAUUACACUGUAGAAGGGGAACUCGAAGUAAGCCUUGGAGAUGUCAGAUGUCCGGUUCAUAGAAGUGGGGAAGAAACAGUAGUGGAGACAAUAAAGAUCAAGCUGCAUCUCGGAUCUUGAUUGAGCCUGGAAGAGUAGCAAGUAGUAGCAACGAUAGGAUUGUGAAUUUGAUUCAUGCAGCCAAGGUGAGUAAGGGCAUGAAGAUUUGUACCGGUAUGUUCUGGCUAUGGUAUAAUGUUUACUGCUCCCUCUGGUUUUAUUUACAUGUUGUAUUAAGUUUGUCCUAA